UAUAUAUAUAUAUAUAAAUUUAUAUAGCAAAAUUUUGUAUAUAAAAUGACAUUACCUAUAUGGUGAACAAAAUAUUGAAAAAGAAUGUAUGGCAAUGGUAGAAGUUAUUAUGAUCCGCAACCUUUUCAAGAUGAGGAGGACGCAAACAAUUACAGGUAUGGUCAAAAUUACAGGAGUUUACAAUCUGGGCAAAAUGAAUCUUCAAUAAAAGGUAAGUUGGAACAAAAGUAUUGGAAGUCAAAGCAGAAAGUUAUUGAGAAAUUGGGAAAAGGUCAGGAUGAGUUUGUUAUUGCCGGUGAUGCAGAGGUUGACUCACGUCUAGAAGCAUUCCAGCAUAUCAAGUUAACAUGUAUUCAACUUAUGACUGCAAUUGAGUUUUAUCAAACACGAAUUUUCGCUUUGUCUCAAGAUGAAAAUGAAAUGGGUCGUUUUCUGCGUGAUCAAGGAGCUACUGAUAAAACAAAAGCUGGAAAAAUGAUGAUCUCUGUGGGUAAAGCUCAAAGCUUUGCAGCUCAGCAAAGAUUAAGUCUACGUACUCCUUUAGUUCGUCUAUAUGCUGAGUUAGAAACCUUUCGUUUUCGUGCAAUACAAGAUACUCAAAUGACAGUUGAAAAAAUGGAACAGGCUCGCUCAGAUUAUAGAGCUCGUCUUUUGUGGAUGGCAGACAUUUCUAAAGAACUAGACCCUGAUCAAAAUAAAAGGCUUGGAAAAUUUAGGGAUGUCCAAAUUCAAGUUAAAUCUGCAAAAGCUCUCUUUGAUAAGUUAAAAGUAGAUGUUGUUCAAAAAAUUGAUUUAUUAUCUGCAAGUCGUUGUAACCUUUUGUCUGCAACUUUAGAGCCUUAUCAGACUGCAAUGAUAAAAUUUUUGAGUACUACUGCUAAAAGCUAUACAGCUGUUUACGCACAGUAUCAGGGUCAUCCUUCCUAUCAAUUUCAAAUUUUAAAGCACAUAAUACCAAAUAAUGGUAUUGCUGAAGAUGAGGAAGAAGAAGAAGAAAGAAAUGAAGAAGGAAAGCUUAGUCAAAAUCAAAAAUCAAAAAAUCGAAAAGUAAAAAAAAAUGAAAAAGAAAAAAUAGAAAAAGCCAAAGAUGAAAUUUUAGAUAAUAAAGAUCAUGAUGUUGAAUUAGUAGACAAUGAUAAUGAUGAUAAAUUGAUUAAUUUUGAUUGUUCGCCCGUCACAGAGGAUGUUCCGAUUCAAAAAUCAGAGUUUAAAUCAGAGCCUUCCAAACAGUCAGAUGAUUUGUUAGUUAGCUUGCAAGAUACUAGUCCUGUGUUUGGUGAAUUUACAAAUAUACAAGACCAACAACCUGAAGGCAAUGAUAAUGGAUUUGAGGAUCUUCUUGGUCAGUUUGAAGAAAAUAAUAUUCCACCAAGUAUGUCCGUCGGCAAUCCUGAUUUAUUAAAGAAAGAUCAGUGUGAGACAAAAACGAACUAUUUAACUACGCCUUCUGUGGAUGAUCUCUUAUUUGGAUCUCCAGUUCGCCAAUUAAAAAAUGAUAAUCAGCAAAGUGAUAUUGAUAUCCUCUCUGAAGUACUUUCCAAUCAAUCCUUAGGUAUUAGUGAUAGCGAAUAUAACAGUUCUUUUUCUUCGCAAUGGCAAUCUCUGUUUGGUGCAAAAGAUUCUAAAACAUCUAUGAAUGAAGUUGCUCCUGCAAUGGGUGGAAAUAUUGACCCUGGCAUGAAAAGCAAAAUGUUUAUGCCGUCUUUCUUGUUAUCUCAAAUGAGGCAAGUGGAUCCUAUUGCGAUGAGUCAAGGCGGGGCUCCUAAAGAUAUAAACUCUGUUAAAGAUAAUUCCAAAGCUGAACGUGCGCAACCAAUUAAACUUGCUAAAGCUAAAGAAAAUGAUAAAAAAGGAAAAGAUAUGUCUGCCUGGUUCAACUUGUUUGCCGAUCUUGACCCAUUGGCCAAUCCCGAUGAAGUAGAUGGAACGGUUAAAGGAAAGCAAGCUUGUUAAUGUUUUAUUGUCUGUAAUACUACAUGUAUAUUGCUUGCAAUAAGAAGCAUCGAUUUGCUUGAAUCUGCAUGCAUAAAUAGAAUGUGCACCAUAGAAAAUAAGGAUUUGAUUGGGGAGGAAACAAAGUUUAAAUAUGGUAUAUAAUUUUGAAGAAUCAAAUUCUAUAUAGAAAACCUUACAGUUUUUCCGAGACAUAUUUUUCAAAAUGUGCAUACAAGACAAACUUGUAAUCUUAUUAAUAAGAUAACAUAAUUGAUACUCGUAUCGAUAAGAUAUCGUUUGUCCUAUCGAAAAGAAUUUCCUUUUUUGUUGAAUCGUAUAUAUUAUAUAUUUUAGAGAAAUAUCUUUUUAUAUGAAAGACAUUUCUAUUUAUUUAUUAUAUUACACGCUUUAUGUAAAAAGCUUAUUUUUAAUAAAAUCAA